UUUUAUUUUUUUCUUCCUUUUCUCUUUUUCCGUCCUUUUUUUAUGUUUUUGAUAUAUAUUUAUUUUUUCCAUUGUACUGAGUGUCCUUUUUUUCAUAAAGGGCGCAAUGAAGUUACUUGACAAUGAGAAACUUGAUGAAAUAGCUACAACAAUUUCGCGAAAUGCUCAGGAUUUGCUUUUGGAUCUUCGAUUGGAAUCCUACUCUUGCAAAAUGGUGACAAGCGACAAAAAGGAAUGGAAAAAGAGCAUAAAAUGUCCAGUAGAUGGCCGUGAAUUACAACCGCUUUCUCCGCCAGAAGAAUCUGUUUUGUCUUCAUCACCAAAUUUAACAUCAGUGCGAUUGAGCAACUCUGGAUUUUCUGACAAUGAUACAGAGGAAAGUGGUGGUUGUGGUGACAAUGUUAUUUUGGUUGAAGCAAUCUCAAAACGAACUCUUUUCAAUAUUUUGGCUUUAUUAAAUCAAUGCUAUCCAGAUUAUGAUUUUUCACAAACGAAGAGUGCUUCUUUCAGGAAAGUUACUUACCAGGAUUGUAUAGUUAGUGUUGAUGGAAAGCUUGUGGCAACUGUUCAUAAUUACGGACUUUUACGCGACAUUCUUUGGCGUACUAUCGAAGAUUCAAUAAAAAUUGACGAAUGUUGCAUUUAUAGUUACAUUCCUCAAUAUUGUGGUGAUCCUUUUACAGAGGAUGGAUGUAUUUGGUCUUUCAAUUUUUUCUUUUUUAAUAAGACACUUAAACGCUUUUUGUUUUUUGCUUCUCGUGCACUCUGCAAUGAACGUAUCCUGCGUCAGCCAAUUCAUGAACAAGUAGAGCGUGAGGUGGAAACACCGCCAAGCAUUUUUGGGAUGCAAGUUUAAAAAAGUUUUCUUUGGCAAUUCUGCUUAGAUUAUAUAUAUAAUCAUCUCAUUAAUUUUAUCAAAAAAUAUUUCUCCAAUUUUUUGGAAAGAAUUUUAGUUUUUUAUGUACCAAAAUUUAUUAUAAUAUACCUUGAAAAACGAUCUACAUUUAUAUUUA